CACAACAACACUGUUCCUAUUUCGAUAAAAGUGAGGUUAUAAUAAUAUGAACAUCAAUUAAUUACUUACUCUUCUCAUAUUUACAGACCAAUAUGAAAUCUUUCAAGCUUAUUAUGAAUGUUCAAAUUACAUUGUUCCCAAUCUAUGUGUGAGUAUCAGUGUAAUUUAAUUGUAGUGAAUCUUCGGACUCCACAUGAAAGCCUAGAUCUGAAGCAGACUACAAAAUAAGCCAAGCGAGGAUUAUGGUUGUAAAAUGAGGAGAAAUGAUAUAAAUAUGUUGUAAACACUUUGGAUCAUCACAAUAUUCAUCAUGGAUACAGAAAAUACUGUUGAAGAACCCGAUCAAGAGUCAACGGACAUUGCAAAGAAGGAUGAACUAUUGGCAUAUAUUGAAGGCGUCAAUGAACGGAACAGAGUAAAAGAGGAACUGAGACAACGUAAUCGUAACUCAGUUCGCCCCAAUGAUUCUACAGGAAAACUUGAUUCGAGUGUGAAGAAGAAUGCAGCUUUUGUCCGCAAAUUGAGAAAUUUCACGUCUUCGCAGUUGGAUGGAUUCCUCAAAGAAAUGUCCGGUUUGAAUGUUUCGAUGUACAUCAGUGAAAUAGCCGCGGCAAUCGUAGAAGCAAAGAUAAAACUGACCGAUGUACCACAGGCUGUGGCACUGUGCAGUGAGAUUCACUGCGCAUAUCCCGAGUUCUCGAAAGCUCUCAAAGAAGCCUGGGUCAAGACACUCACUCUGAAAAAGGAUGAAAAAAUUGCAAAUCCCAGCAAGUUGAGGGUAGAUCUAAGGUUCUACGGUGAUUUGGCGACAUCUGGAAUUUUUCCGCAUAAGGAAGCUCUACCUCUCUUGGGCAAUGUACUAACUAUAUUAAUGGUAUCUGACAAGGAAGAGCAUAAGAACAUAAAUAUCAUCCUCAGCUUCUGUAAACAUUGUGGAGAAGACUAUGCAGGGCUAGUUCCUAGAUCUAUCAGAAUACUAUCCGAUAAAUUUGGCAUUCCUGUUCCCAACAAUACUACUUUACCAGUGGAAAAACAGCGCAAUGUCAAGCUUUUAUUGAAAGACUAUUAUACAUCACUCACCAAACAUCUCAUGAAGGAACAUUCAGAGAUCCAGAUGUAUGAGAGACAAAGCAAACGUAUCUUGCAAACUAAAGGUGAACUGAGUGCUGAGAGGAAGGAGAAGAGUGAAAACAUGGCUGCCUCCUUCCAAAGACUUCUCGUCGGAACACAAAGUUUCGCUGAAAUCCUCGAUGAAGACGUACCUGAUCUUCCAGAAGACACUAGCCCUCAAAGCACUGAUUUGAGCGUGUGUAUGAGUGAGCUGGAAGAUGGAAGCCAUGUAUUCAAUGUGUGGGAAGAUGAAGAAACCCACCAUUUCUACCGAGUAUUUCCAAAUCUGAAUGACUUUUUGCCAAGUCUGAAACUCACAAAAGAUUCAUCACCAACUGAGUCGAUUGUUCCCGUUGUAACCGAGGAGAAGUUAGAUGAGGAAAUUAUCGAAGAUGACCUCAAAGAUGAUGGUGAAAAGGUUGAUGAGCCAGUCAUCAUUGAAGUCGAAGAGCCAGAAGAACCCGAUACUACCGUGAAUCCGGGAGCCAAGGUAAUGUUGGAUGCAUUCUUCCACCAUUUACCAAAUUGUGUCAACUGUGAAUUGAUCGACAACGCUGCUAUCGAAUUCCUCAUGAACCACAAUACGAAAAACAACCGUAAAAAAUUAGUCAAGACUCUGUUUGGAGUAGCAAGAACGCGCCUAGAUCUGCUGCCAUUUUAUGCUCGUUUGGUCGCCAUUUUGAAUCCUGUAAUGCCUGAAGUGGCGAUCGAUCUUGGAUUGUUAUUGAAACAUGAUUUCAGAUAUCAUGUUAGAAAAAAGGAUCAAAUCAAUAUAGAAUCAAAGAUAAAGGUGGUCCGAUUCAUAGGGGAGAUGGUGAAAUUCGAGCUCUAUUCGAAAAUAGAAGGAUUGUAUUGUUUGAAAGUACUCCUACAUGAUUUCUCACAUCACCACAUUGAGAUGGCUUGUAAUUUACUGGAGACCUGUGGUAGAUACCUAUUCCGUAAUAUUGAUACACAUCAGAGAACCAAAGUCUAUCUAGAACAAAUGAUGAGAAAAAAGUCAGUAAUAGCUUUGGAUUGGCGCUACAUUACAAUGGUAGAGAAUGCGUUCUAUCACGUGAGUCCUCCAGAAUCGCAAGCUUCAGUCACUAAGGAACGUCCGCCCCUACACAGAUUUAUUCGCCACAUCCUCUAUCAACAGCUCAUGAAGCCUGGUCCGGAAUCCGAAGCACUCGUUCUGAAUCUCAUGAGGAAACUGGAAUGGGAUAAGAAGGAAGUGGCGGCCUACGCUAUCAAAUGUUUGACAAAUGCGUCAAAUGUCAAGUACUACAAUAUUCAAUGUUUGGCCAAUCUACUGGCCGGGCUCGUCGAUUUUCAGGAAUUCAUUGGUGCACAUGUGGUGGAUGGAGUGCUGGAAGAUAUACGCUGGGGAAUGGAAGUCAAUCACCUGAAGCUCAAUCAGAGGAGGGUUGCUAUGAUUAAGUAUUUGGGUGAGCUGUACAACUAUCGAAUGGUGGAGAGCAGUGAUAUAUUCAAGGUUUUAUACUCACUUAUAUCAUUCGGCGUAACGAUGAGCUACGAUCAGAUAUCGUCCAUUGAUCCACCAGACAAUCUAUUCAGAAUACGUCUUGUCUGCGUAUUGCUGGAAACCUGUGGCCACUUCUUUUGUCAUGGUCCCAGUAAGCUGAAGUUGGAUUAUUUCUUCAUUUUUUUCCAGAAUUACUAUUGGUUCAAAUACAAUGAUCCAGUAUGGACAACUGAGAAUCCGUUUCCAGUAGACGUCGGCUUUAUGUUCAGAGAUACCCUGCUCUCGCUACGUCCUCACCUCAAACUCAUCAAAUCAUAUGAUGAAUCCAAAGAAGCUGUGUUGCAACUGCAACAAAAACUUAUUGAGAAGAAUCCAUUGAUGUUGAAAAACGAGGAUGGAGGCUCUGGACUUGAUGUUAUCUAUGAAGGAUCUGAUGAACAAGAAGCUGAAAUUAAUGAGUUAGAUGAACAACUGUAUGGUGAUGAGGAUGAUUUUGAAAAUCUUUAUUACGAUGAUUAUGACGAUGUUGAAGGUGAAAACAGGGGUCGAAGAAAUCGUCGUAUUGGAGCAGAUUACUUGGAUGAUAAUGGAAUUGGUUUCAUUUCUGAUGGUAAUGAGACUUCAGACAUUGAGAAGUCACAAGGGGAAAAAGACGAGGUAGAUGGUGAUUUUGUGAAUGCUUUUGAGAGAAUGGUUUCCGACAAUAUCACCGAACGAAUGAGAGAGCAAGUCAAGCCGCCACAAGUAGAUAUUGCUGUUCCCUUCCAUGUUAAAAGUAAUGCCAAGAAAACAUAUGAGCAAUUACAAGAGCCGGAAGUGAAUCAUUCGUCUAUCAAUUUUGUUCUGAUGCUGAAGAAAGGUAAUAAGCAGCAGUACAAGACAUUAGCUGUGCCAGUUGAUUCGGAAAUGGCAGUCAAUUUGAGAUCUCAAGAAAAGGCUAAGAAAGUAGAAAUGGAGAAAGUCAAACGAUUGACGUUGGACAUAAACGAUAGGCUAGAGGAGGAAGAUUAUCAGGAUCAGAUGUGCCAGAUCCAGAAGCCUUCCACUGUAAAUUUGAAUCGGGAACGUAAACAUAAAUAUCAGCAUCCUAAAGGAGCUCCGGAUGCUGACUUGAUCUUUGGAAAAAAGAAGUUUCAACGCUAAUUCAAUUCUAAUUUAAUUUGUAAAUCAACUUCCUUUGAAUUACACUUAUUUUUGUGUGACCAAUUUGAUCUUAGUUGACUUGAACAGAUUUAUACGACAUUGAUUAUUUUCAUGCUGAUAAUGCAAAUAGCUUGUAAAAACUACAAAAUUGCAUGUAAUAAUAAGUUUAUGCUGUAUAUUUUCUGUUUAUACAGUACUCGAAUUGACUAUGAAUGCAUACGUCUUAAUUCGAUCCUACUUGAUUUUAUCAGUAGUACGUUUAGUAACAAAGUAAGACAAUUUCCAAUAGUUGAUUGCAAUUAAAUUAAUGUUGUAUGUUGUAGGGACCCAAGUCUCUUUGUGGAUUUGGAAUCAUUUCUGGUGAUGAGAUCAAUAUUUCGCAAUCUUCCAGUUCUCGACAAAUUGGAAAAUACUUUAUCAAUCGCUACAAUAUAAUAACUUUUAAAAUGUGUUAGCUUGUCAUACAAUUUCUAUAAUAAUCUUUACUUGAUAUUGAAUUCUUCCUGAAACAGUCUUGCUAUUUUGUAACAUAAUUAUUGAUAUAAAAAUAUUUCUCUCAAUCAUCAAAUGAUAAAAAUAUAUUUUAAUUCAACUAUUUAUUAUCAUUGUUACUAUCUUAUUCUAUUUGAAUUGUUGUUAGUGAAUUUAUUUUUAUAUAAAACUGUCUGGUAAUUUUUUAAACAUGUUUAUCAUUGUUGCUAUCUUAUUUUAUUCGAGUUGUAAGUUAAUUUAUUUUUAUUUAAAACAGUCUGGUAAUUUUUAAACAUGUUUUCAAUCAAAAGAUAUUCCUUUCCAACAUCACAAGGGUGAAAUUUUAUUUUAAUCUAUUAUUACUUUUAUCGUUGUUUUCUUAUUUAAUUUCAAUUUUUUAAUUUAAUCAUAUUUUUCUAUUAAUGAAUGAGAAUUUUUUUAGUUCGAAUUUUUCUUGCCAAUGCUGUUUCCUUAUUUUAUUUAAAUUGUUUUAUUCCAGUUAAUUUCAUUUUAAUUUAAAACAGACUUGCAAUUUCCGAUUUUUUUAAUUUCUAAACGUUUUUCUGUCCUACAUCACAUGAAAUUUAUUUCAAUUAUUCUGUUACGGUAUUUAUUUUAAUUUGUAUUUUCUUGUUUUAACGUUAUAUUGUUUUAUCCAACUCAUUUUAUUUUUUUCAUUUAUCUAGUUUUAUGUAGUGAUGUUACAUAUAAGAAUAAUUGUUCAUGUGACAUGUUUUCAUACACUAGAUAUACAUACAUGAAAGAAAAUGUAUUUUUCCGAUUUUAAAAUAUAAUUACUUCAUUUUGCUUUCUCAUUUUUAGAUGUUAAUUUAGAUUAUAGAUGUGGUUAUAAUGCUUUGUACUUAAUGCAUGUGAAAUGGAGUGGAUGUAAAAUUAACUGGUUACAUGAUGCUUCAAAAUUGAAAAAUGUACAAAGUUUAAUAAUAAACAGUUUUCUAUGUGA